AUGCUUCGACGUCGCUUCUCUCGAGAGUCAAAGGCAUCGGGCGAGCAUCGAGACCCUACAAGAUUCGGUUUUCCUUUCAACAUCAAGUCAAUCAAACCCGCAUCGAAAAUCGGAUCCAAACCUGAUCCAGACCUCACGAUGCUAGGCGAUCUCGGGAGCAGUUUGAUGAGCGAACGGGGGUAUGACAGCGAUGCACAAUUCGUGAUGACUCCCCCGCGCAAUGGUCCACUGGCCAGACCCAGGGCGGCAAGACCCUUGCGCAGAAUGGAGUUGAGUGAUCUGAUCGAACAAAGUCACGAACGUAUCGAGUUGGAGCAUCAGUGGGCGAUUGCCAAUGGCCGCAACAAUUCCGAAUCCCACCAGUCGGCCUCUGCGAUGCAACCUACGACUCCUUCUCCUUCCAGUGUAAAAUCAUCUCACGGCCCUGUUCGCACACUCCGUAUCGUUUCACAAUCACCCAACCAGCACCGUGCUCCUCUCGAAGCCCGAUUCAAUCUGAGAAACUACGAUAUGAAGAUGAAGUCCGCAAAAUCGCUUCCGAAUUUGAACGUUACGAACCAACAGUCUACUCCUCCAUCUCAUCCUCUUUCUGGCUCUGUCACACUUCCGCAGUUGGUCGACAAGUCGACCUUGGUGGACGACUGGAGCUGGCCGACUUUGCCGAAUACCAGCAACCCACCCUAUGGAAAGGAAUCCUCCGACACACCGUCAGAUCAAUCUCCGGAUCUUAUGGUCAAGAAGAAUCGGCAGCCCUCCCACUCGGCCAGAACUUUCACUGAUCCUCGAUCGAUCCAUUUUGAUGAAUUGGGUAUCUCACGUCAGCUUGCUUCGCAGACCACAGCUUCUGGUUCCAUGUCCUGCAAUCCGUCAAUGACAGGCCUAAUUCACCCGAACGAGCAUGGUUUCUACGUGAUCUCUCCGUCCCAGGACAAUUCGAAAUACUCUCCAAAGUCUGGGGUUUCACUGGGCUCUGGAAAUGACUCGCCAAGUCCAGAUUUCCGGCAGCGAGAGUUGUCGUCGCUCUCACCUCCGUCGGGCUCGGCUUCACCCCACGUAUCUUAUCGGUUGUUUCCCCCAACCGUUGCAAGUAAGCCUGCUGCGCGCAGUUCUAAUUUUCAGGAGGACAAGACCAAUCAGAGUGGCCCGGAUGAAACCGGUCUCUUCCAAGCAAGCUGCGGCUUGCGCAGCAAAUUCAAAGAGCAUUGUGAGAGUGACGAAUCAGAGCCGGCCCAGAGUCAAUCUGCGCCUGCCAACGCUAAUGAAAUAUGUUCACCUCGCAGAGUCAGCAUCGGCUGGAUGUCCGGAGGUCGGAGAUUCGGUUAUGGCUACAACCCAGUGCCCAACGACGAAGAAAAGCAAUCCCAGCUUGAAGGGGAUGAUCGCCCAUGCCGCAAUCCCGGACUCUUUUCGAAGGCAGAAGGUGCGCCUGGUAAUUCAAGUACGAAGGCAUCAAGUGAAGUCAACCCCGAGCAUCAAAAGAACUUUGCAGAGUCUACGGAAAAGCCGAUUCAACGACCGGGUCAAGAGAUAGCUGACAACGACCCAACCUUUAAGAACAACAGCCCCGCGUCAGUCUCGAAAUGCCCGUUGCCUCGAUCUGCGAGCGACUUCCCUGCGCCUCCCUAUCUACGAGCAAUUCUUGGAGGUGUCUCUAACCGGUCUCAAGUCCAUGAAACUCGUUCCUCCGGAGACCAGGGAGCCAGAAGCCUUCGCACCCCAGAACUUCCUCCUACGACCCAGACCGAACACUGCGAAGUUCCGCAGAGCUCUGAGUACACUAAACGAGCUAGUGGCGCUUUUGCUAAUCGAUGGUCUCGAAUCCGGUCCGCAAGCCGGCUGUCUCAGACCCCAACAAAAAGUUUUGUACGUUCUGGCGAUAAUGCAGAUGAUGAAGGUCCGGAAUACUUUGACCUAGACGAUCAGGAAAACGCUCAAGAUCAAACUCCCACGCUACAGCAUAGCAACUCCAGAGGCGCCAGAUGGACUCGCCGAUUCUCUCGACGUAAGGAAAGCAGACGCCUGUCAAACAAACACCAGCAAGAUGUCUCGCAGGCCUCUUCUAACUCUUAUCAAGACUGUGAGUCAGAAGUUCUCGGGCAUUCCACCUCUACCAAAAGCAACGGGCCCGAAGAAGCAGUAAGCACAGACCAGGAUUGUCUCGAGAUGCCCGGAUCGUUCGAUGGAAGUCACUGGGCGAGCCGAAAGAGCCGAAUGUUGUGGGAUGCCUGCACGGAGGGCCUUCGGCGUUAG